GGCGAGGACUCGUCGGAGAGUGAGGGCGAGACAGAGCCAGCCAAAUCCUUCCAUCGGCGGCUGUCGACCAACCGCGAUAUAAAGUGCUCGGCAUCCAUCAAGGAAGGAUAUUUGUUGAAACAGACCUGGUCAUUUCAGAGAUGGAGAAGAAGGUAUUUCAAAUUGAAAGGACGCAAAUUAUACUACGCCAAAGAUACAAAGGGAAAUUGUGGAAACAAGUCAAACGGAAAAUUUGUGGUGAAUAUAAACAGAGAUGUCUUGUAAAAGCAACAAUGCUGAGAGAGUUACCACGUAAACCCCCCUAUCAACUACAUGUACGGGGUGGCUUGUUGAAUACACUUUUCCACGGUUUGGCGGCUGUGAUUUUCGAUGAAAUCGAACUCACCGACCUGUGCCUAGCUGAGUGUUCAACCAAAAACGUCAAUCACAGUUUUCAGGUGAUCACCCCGUUCAGAUCCCUGGUGCUGUGCGCCGAGUCUCGCCGCGAGAUGGAGGACUGGCUCGGCGCCCUCACUGCCGCCUCCCAGCGCCGCUUCCACGAACCCGACCAGCCAGACUGCCUUUCCGGAUACCAUCAUUGGUACGCCACCUCCCAUGCACGCCCAACUUACUGCAACGUCUGCAGAGAGGCCCUCAGUGGCGUCACCAGCCACGGCCUCUCCUGCGAGGUGUGCAAAUGCAAAGUUCACAAAAGAUGUGCAGCUAAGGCCAUCAACAACUGCAAAUGGACGACUCUGUCUUCGGUCGGGAAGGACAUCGUCGAAGACUCCGACGGGAAUAUUACAAUGCCGCAUCAGUGGAUGGAAGGAAAUUUGCCAGUUUCUGCGAAAUGUGCUGUUUGUGAUAAAACUUGUGGUUCAGUACUUAGGCUUCAAGACUGGCGGUGUUUGUGGUGUCGAGCGACGGUCCACACCCAAUGCAGACCCAAUUUAUCUCCCUCGUGCCCUCUGGGUCCUGCCAGGGUGAGUGUGGUGCCUCCGACGGCCCUGCAUUCCAUCCAGGACGAGGCCUGGGAAGCCGUGAGACCGCAAGCCUCCUCUCCGCUGCUCGUAUUUGUGAAUUCCAAAUCAGGUGAUAACCAGGGGGUGAAGUUUCUGCGAAGGUUCAAACAGUUACUCAAUCCUGCACAAGUAUUCGAUCUCAUUUCUACGGGACCCAGGCUAGGUUUAAGACUGUUUCGACACUUCGACCCAUUCCGUAUUUUAGUGUGUAGUGGAGAUGGAUCUGUGGGAUGGGUGCUCUCGGAAAUCGACAAGCUUGACAUGCACAAACAGUGCCAAGUGGCAGUGCUUCCUUUGGGCACUGGCAACGACCUAGCUCGCGUGUUAGGCUGGGGCUCAUCCUGCGAUGAUGACACCCACUUGCCACAGCUGCUGGAGAAGUACGAAAAAGCUGGAACAAAAAUGUUGGACCGUUGGUCGAUAAUGGCCUUUGAACGUACGAUAGCAAUGCCUAAACUAUCUUUAACCCCUGGUCAACCCGACGGUCAAUUACACAACCAGAUCACUCAAUAUGAAGAUUCUUUAGUUACGCAUUUACAAAAUAUUCUUCAGUCGGACGAAACGUCAGUAAUUUUAAAUUCGGCGAAGCGGCUAUGCGAAACUGUCAAAGAAUUCGCGACGCAAGUCUCGGAAAGUUCGAUAACUAGAGGUGAUGAGCAGUUAGGGAAAAAGUGUGAUAUUUUACAACAGAAGUUAGAUUUAUUAUUAGCUACGUUAACCAGCGAACAAUUAGAUGCGGCAAAUUUAGAGGAUGCCAAAACGAAACAAGAAGAUACAGAUAGCGAAGUAUCUUUUGAUAGGGGCAAAACGGAGAAAUCGGAGAAAGAUUUGAGCAAUUUCAAUUUUCGUAAACAUAGACGGACCUCGAGGUUUAUGGAGCGCGAGAAGGACGCUUUGAUGCUGAGGGCGAAUAGUCUAAAAAGGGCUAUCAGAAAUUUGGUUGAGCACACUGAGCAAGUGGUAGACGAACAGAACAGACAAGAGUCUUCGAGUAUACCCACGGUCAAGAUCUCCCUCAGUACGGACUUGGAUAAGGAGGAACUUGAACCCCCAAAAGUAGAUUCUCUGAAGCUACCGACUAUAGAAUCUGGAUCUAGUACCGACGUUAGUUCGUGCCCGUCACCGACGAGUUCUAUUUUGACAGCAAGGUUAGCUAACAUAUCACCGAUGCCUGAUGUAAGAAGGGAUUCGACUAUCGAAGAUCCAGACCUACUGACGACUUUGCCUGUGCCACCAGAUUUCGCUGACAGUAGAAGGUCUAGCCAUGUUCAACCCAGUGCUGAGGCGGACGCUGCUACGGAAAAGAUCUUACGCGACACUUGCUCAACCCUAAUGUCAAUAGGCAGCCUCAAAACCAACGAACACGAAGUGGAAAUCCAUCAGGAACGACAACGACGAGAGAGUACAAAGUGCGAAGAACGACGAGAGAGUACAAAGUGCGAAGAACGACGAGACAGUACAAAGUGCGAGGAACGACGAGAAAGCACAAAAUACGAAGAGGAGGAAAAGGAGUGCAGCAGCAUACUCUCGGCAAUUUCCAACGAAGAAGUGAGCAUCACGUCGGAAAUCCUGGACCAAAAAUCAUUUUGCCCUCGAAAGAAUAGCGACGGGGAAGACUUAAACGGCCACAUCUAUCACAUAGAUUCACCCGAAACGGAUACGUAUCCGAAUUCUGACGCCCUGCAUGGUGAGUCUCUCAUGGACGAUCUCAGUUCCAUGUUAGGUGAAGUUAUGUAUGGUUAUGAUCAAGACAGCAUAGAAAACACGUACACCGACGACACGACGCUCUUCACCAGCGAGAUGGCGGAGAUCAAGCUGGAAAGACGGAUGAGUGCCAAAAGAGAAUCCCUGGAGAAGAAGCGGAGGAGCUCCAGAAGCAAAGUGGACGAAGAUACUCAAUUUGGAUUUGAAAAUCGUGCCUUUAUGUCACAACACGUAUACUUAGAUAACAAAUUAGAAACUGAACCAACAAGAUAUUGCAGUUUAGCUCACUUCGUAGAAGGUAAUGAUAUAGCUAGAAAAUCGUUCAAGAGACCCCGGACCACAACGAAAAUCUCGAAAACCGAAGCUAACGUUAACAGGCAGAGCACCCUUUUGGAAGAAAACGAAAUCACCCCGAUAGGAUCCUGUAGCAACUUAAACAAACUCGAAAAGGAACUUUCCAACGUUUCCACAUCUACUUUGAAAGCCCUGGACCUACUACCUGAUGAACGAAAACAAGAAGAAGAAAGUCCCACUGACACGGAUAUCGACAAACCGAAACCCGAAACGUGCAUAUUCCCGCAGGUUAGCGUCAUCGUCGAACCCCCUUCCCCCGUACUAACCGAAGACAUACGAGUCGAGCGAAUGGUGAAAUUAGGUGUGGAAAUAGAGAUAGAUUCCGGUUCUGACUUCGAUCUCCGCAAUCUGUGUUCAAAGGCCGAAAAACUGUCAACUAGUGAUAUCACGACUAGCAAUAACAGUUCCAGCUCUAACUUGCUGGGCAUCGACAAUGAGCAUUUUCUCACUAGAUCACCUGCUGCGACUCGCAGGAUUUCCUGCUGCAGCAUGCUGAACCCCGCGGAGGCAGCAGCUUUGGCCGCCGCUGCUGCCGCCACCAACUUUUAUACGGAAGCCGCCGAAAAGAAAGAAAAGGAGAAAAAGGACGCCCGUGAAAAGGACAGUCGCAAGUUACCCAUCAUUAACCCACUGGUGACGCUACCGACGUGGCCAAAUGUGAGCACGGGAAGUGGUUUCAUUAGCAAAUGUCUUCUAGCUAAUGCUGACACCCUUUGCGCAGCGGUUAGUCCUCUAAUUGAUCCAGACGAAACGUUGUUAGAAGGCUUCUACGAGCGGUGCGUCAUGAAUAACUAUUUCGGUAUCGGAAUUGACGCCAAGAUCUCCCUGGACUUCCACCAUAAGCGCGAGGAACAUCCCGAGAAAUGUCGGUCGCGUGCCAAGAACUACAUGUGGUACGGGGUACUAGGGAGCAAACAGUGGCUUCAGAAGACAUACAAAAAUCUGGAACAGAGGGUCCAGCUGGAGUGCGACGGCCAAAGGAUACCCUUACCCAGCCUUCAGGGAAUCGUUAUUCUCAAUAUACCAAGCUUUAUGGGAGGAAUAAACUUCUGGGGAGGUACCAAAGAAGACCACAUCUUCAUCCCGCCGUCAUUCGAUGACAAAAUCCUCGAAGUGGUAGCCGUAUUUGGCUCCGUGCAAAUGGCAGCGUCUCGCCUCAUCAACUUACAACAUCACCGAAUAGCGCAAUGCCAAAGCAUCCAAAUAAACAUCCUGGGGGAAGAAGGUGUGCCGAUCCAGGUGGACGGCGAAGCCUGGAUUCAGCCACCCGGAAUCAUCCGAAUCCUGCACAAGAACCGCAUGCAGAUGCUUUGCCGCAACCGAGCCCUGGAGAACUCCCUCAAAUCCUGGGAAGAGAAGCAACGACAGAGCAUCGCUGCUCAAACCAAACCUAGACACUCCAUUUCGCACGACAAAGGCCGGCAAAGCCUCACCCGUCAGAGCAUGCCGAGCCACGAGAAGUCCUUCUUGGGAGUCAAUUUCGAGAAAAUCCGACAGCACUCGUUCAGUGGUGCCGUCCCCGUGCACCACGAAAAGCAACAAACCGUGACUUUUGUGGAAAAACCGCCUGCGCCGGUCGAACCCGACAUUUUGUUCACGGACGAGGAACACUACCUUUUACUCAAUUUCAUCGAAUGUGCUACUACUUUAACGAAAUGGAUCAAAAUAUUAGCAAUCAGCCACUCUUUAGAGGCAGAUCUGUAUACAUUAGCGACCAAAUGCGAUACUUGCCUUGAAAAUAUACAUCCAAAUGGAAAAAUAUUAGAGGGACCUACAUUACGGGUUGAAUUUACAAAAUUGGUUACUGCUGUCAAACAACUGUACGAAGAUAGUUGUUGUUUGUUACAUGAUAGAGGGGAUAAAUUAAAAUUACGAGAGGACCUAGAAAAUAAACUAAGUGCCAGUUUAGCUAAUACGGAACUAGAAUUAAGGAAAUGUGUGAUGUACGACAGGCCAGAGGGAAGUCUGGUUUAUCUGCAGCCAGUGCAAGGGGAUCAGUCUGAACACAAACGUAAAGGCCUAUUCUGGCUGAAAUUCCGAGCUAAGGGAGCAAGCUCGGUCCAGCAGCAAGCUAACAAGAAAUCUGGACGGGAAGUGAACUCCUGGGGUACUCAAGAGGUAGCAACAUGGCUAGAAACACUACAGUUAUCAGAAUAUAUCGACAGCUUUGUUAAGAACGAUAUCAGAGGGCGGGAACUUCUCACACUCGCUAGGAGGGAUCUGAAAGACUUAGGUGUUACUAAAGUAGGACAUGUAAAAAGAAUACUGCAAGCAAUUAAGGAUUUGACUCAAGGUUUAUAAAUUAAGAUAAUUUAUUUAAAAAAAUGCAUUGACCGACGUCUAAUCAAAGUAUUUAUACAAAAUGCGGUUUUAUCUUUGGGGAGUUUGAAAUUUAUCAAUAAGUCUGUAAUAAAUAUUUCUUUUACUGUUGGUCAAUGCGUUAUUCUUUUCGGCGUUAAGAAAAUGGUAUUCCCCGUGUAGAUGUAUUAAUAUUAAUGAUAUUAGUUGAUAUGAAAAUUCGCUGUGAUUUCCAAAUAAUAUAAUUAUUGUAGGUAGUAUAAAAUAUAGUUAAGUGUGAAAAUGAUACUGUACGUUCGUUCAUCAAAUCGAAAUUCAUCUAUUUAAAUAUAAAAGAAAAAAUAAUUAACUUUACCUAAAAUUGUACGCUUAUAAAACUCGUUAAGAAAAAUUGUUAAACUGUCAAAUUGUCUUUUAGAAAAACAAAAUUUUAUUACAUAACUUAUAUUCUAAACUAAAAGCAAUUAUCUUUCCCUAGCAAUAUAUCUCAACUAUAUCUUACUCUUUCUACCUAUAAGUGCGUUGCUUUCACUUCACUUCAUCUUUAUAUCAAACGCUACUUUCGGUUUCCUGCUUUUUGUUCACGUUGACAAUUGGUACUUUGAUUAAUGACCAAUCAAACGGCAAUUUUGGAAUCACAAUAACAUCAUCAUACAGUCAGACACAUACUUAUGUAUCUUUACAUGUGUAGAUUGAAUUAAGUAAGACAAACAUAUAGUCUCCAUAAUUUGUGUUACCUAUAUUUUUAAGCUUUUUUGGAUGUUGAAGUAUUUAUAAAGGUAUAGAAUAGUUUAGUACUUUAGAAUCUAAGCUACUCUGUGUUAACUUGAGAUUUUUCGUUAAAAAUUCUUAGAAAAAAAAAUUAAUAGAAGUAACUAAGAUAAUCAUUACAAUCAUUACUUAAUGCCUUUUGCAUGUUAGCUAUUGUGAUCAUUGUGUCUAUAGCUUUGUAGUAGAAAACUUGUUUCUAAAUCCACACUCUGAUUGUGGAACAACUUGUUGUUAUAGAGUUGUAAUUUUUUUCGCACAAGAUCAUAUCAAAGGCGGGUCGUUCCGUUAUAUUCCAAAGGACCUACCUUUACUCGAAAACCUAAUAGAAUAGUGGCGUGCACUGGCCAAUUGGUGAUCCUCGCGUUGAUUACACAGACAGACGCCCGAACAUGGCGUUCUCCAUAACUGCCAAGAGCAUUUGAAAUUUUCCGUAAACGUCUUUUAGCACAAAAUAUGUUGUAGCCUUAUCAUUCCGGUAUGUACAAAUAAUAAUGGUUAGGUUUAAGAAAUUUCGGCUAUUACUAAUUAACAUUCCUUGAGUUGUUGGAUUCUCUUUCACCCUACUUCGUACAAUCAUGAUUAAAAGGCAGCGCAUAACUAACACUUCAAGUGGACCAAAUUUUCCCUUUUGCAUAUUUCCCAUUGAACCGUUUACGCUGGUGGCGGCUGCGCUGCCAUUUGUUUGCUUUAAGCAGCGCAAUCACCACCACAAAGCCGAUCAAUUUACUUUUAGUCCUGUGAUUACUUGCUUUGUGUUCACCGAUUUCGUAUUAUUUCGACAGACUUCGAGAACCUUAUUGCAACAUGGGCGAAAUUAACUUAGUAACGCUCUCGAGGUCUGUCCUUAUGAUUUUACCUAAGACUGCUAUUGAACUUCUGUGAUAUAAUGUUGCAGUCACUUGUAAUAAAAUGGCCAGCAAUACGACUCUUUCAUUUUUUAUAAUUUUGUAUGAACCUCAAUCUCUCUCUAUCUCUCUCUUACUUAAGUUAGGUUUAUGAAUGUGUGUAUCUUUAAGUUUAGAAACCUGGGGAACUGGUAAAACUGUGCUAAAUUGAUCUGGUAUUGAUUUUUUGAACUUUUUUUAUUGUAAUUGUAUUGAGGAAAGAUAUUAAAUAUAUUUAUCUCACUUGUUGGUUUUAA